AAAAAGUAGCUCCGAAAUGUAAUGGGUCGGGUAUAAACCGAAAGCGAGCACGUUUUGCUGACACUGUUUGUGAUGUUGUGUUUCUUUAAGAAGAAGAAAAGAUCUCGCAUAAAUCAGCCGACGCGACUUGCAGUACUCGCAUUAUCUAACAAUCAAAUAAACAAUGUAAACUCUGGAUGUAACGUUAAUUUACUCUCCAAAAACUGAGAUGAAGACGAGCCGAGACCAGGCAGAUGCUCUGUAGGCUGGAAGUCUGCAGCGUUUUCAAAAGAAGUCUGAUAUGUCUGGCCCCACCUGGCUGCCUCCAAGAACGCUGGGUAGCCCAGACAGAGACGCAGCACCAAUGUCACACUCUGGCCCCGCUCUCUACAGACCUCCAAAGAAAGGCCUGCCCGACCAGAGGCCCAAAUAUAACAUGUAUGACCAGAAUGGUGGAACAGGAGGAAAUGGCAUGCCCAUUAGAUAUAUGGCUACUGGACCUUCAGGUGGAGCCAUGCAACACCAGCAUCCAGAUGAUCGCUCAGGGUCUGCCACAUAUCAUCAGUUAGGAGACCGAUACUAUGCUCCAGGCCCAGGGCCCAAAGAAGACCACCACUCCUGGAACCCCCGCAUGACCAGCCAUGAACACCAUAACCGGGGAUCGGAGAAGCACAUCUCUACUAUUGAUGCAGAUAUAGACUCUCUUACGUGCAUGCUGGCAGACCUGGACAGCCACCCUCAGGGCUCAAGCACACAGCAGUUGUAUGACAAUGUGCCUUACAACAAGCACCUCCCUAUGGACCGCUAUAACCCUCCCAGCCAGAUGGGGGCUCCACCACCAGGCAGGCCCUCAAUGGUCUACCCGCCUCCCCUACAAAACCAGUACCACCCCGCUCCGCCUUACACCUCUACACCUCAGCAGGACUAUGUCUACCCCUCCGUCUCCUCCGUCCACAAACCUUACCCACAGCCAGUGCCUGCCUCCUACACCACUGCCUCCACCCCAACCGGCCCACGCUUCACCGUCCAGGUGAAAACCGCUCAGCCAGUCACAUAUUCUCAAAGCGGACGACAGGCGGAGCAGGCUUACACCCCAUCACCGCCUCGCCAGCAUCCAUCUCGCCCCCCUCAACAAGACCACAUCAGACCGCAUUAUGAGUCGCAGGGACAGGGCUGGUACCCUCCACCACCUCCUCCUGCCCAAGAGCCACAUGGAGAUCCAGCCGCCUAUAAAGGGGGGUCUGGAAAUAUGGCAGGAGGGAGAGCCAGCCAGGGGCCGCCAGUGAAGAAGAGCCAAGAUCAAGUGUCAGCAUAUCAGUCCAGCAAGCAGGGGUCAGCACCGCAUCCAGAGGAAGAGUUGGAUCGACUCACCAAGAAGUUGGUGUAUGACAUGAAUCACCCCCCUACUGAGGAGUAUUUUGGUCGAUGUGCUCGCUGUGGGGAUAAUGUUCUGGGAGAUGGCAGUGGCUGUAUUGCCAUGGAGCAGGUGUUUCAUGUGGAGUGUUUCACCUGUAUCACAUGUCAUGCCCGACUCAGAGGCCAGCCCUUCUAUGCAUUAGACAGGAAGAGCUACUGUGAGAACUGCUACAUAAGCACACUUGAGCGCUGUUCGAAAUGCUCUGAGCCCAUCCUAGACCGGAUCCUGAGGGCCAUGGGCAAGGCGUACCACCCUCGCUGCUUCACCUGCGUAGUGUGCGGCUGUUGUCUGGAUGGAGUGCCUUUUACUGUGGAUGCAACAUCUCAGAUCCACUGCAUUGAUGACUUUCACAGGAAGUUUGCCCCUCGCUGCUCAGUAUGUGGUCAACCCAUAAUGCCAGAGCCUGGCCAAGAGGAGACGGUGAGGAUCGUUGCACUGGAUCGCAGUUUUCAUGUUAACUGUUACGUAUGUGAGGAAUGUGGUCUCCUGCUGUCUUCAGAGGGCGAGGGCAGAGGCUGCUACCCCCUGGAUGGACACAUUCUCUGCAAGAGCUGCAGCGCUCACCGCAUCCAAGAUCUUUCUGCCAAAAUCUCCACUGACUGCUAACGCCCCGUCCCGUCUCUCUCUCUCUGAGCCCUUUAUGUUUUUCAAGGUUACUCUUCAGAAUGUACCGCUAUCUAAACAUCCACCACCUGCUGUUUCUCACGCACUAAACAACCACUGCACAAACAAUAUGAAGAAGUCCCUCUCAGGGUAGCAUAGAGCCAAAAAAGCUGCUCUAGUGCUUAGAUUAGUUUCACUGGAAAACCGUUUUUUUCUUUAAUAGGAUAGAAAGACAGGUGGUGAAUGAAAUAUGAUGGUGUUUUAUGUAUAUAUAUAUACACACACACAAAAUGUGACUUGUGAAUAGUGCAUUUCUACCUUCACUGUGUUUUUACAACUUUAAACCAACAUGGAAAAAUAGAAACAUCACAUUUUUCCUCAAACAAUGCCCCGAUUCUGCUGGCAGUUGGGGUCACUUAGUCCCCCAUUGAGAUGCUGAUUUUAUGUCACCAAUGUCCAUUAGUCCUUGCCCCUCAAUGCAAAUCUGAUGCUUAUUAUUUUAAUACUUGAAAUCAUGAUUGUUGAAGGAUAUGAUCACUGCAUUUCCUUUACUGACUUGAUAUUUCUCCAUUAUCGUUACAAUCAUCAUAAUUCCAAUGAUAAUUGUGGUAAAAAGGUGAAAAAGUUUAACAUGGGCAGCUGUUUUUCCUCCAAACAGUCACUAGCUUUAGGUUUACGCUGAUCUCUGAGCUGUUACAAGAUGUGUGUUUUUUAGAUAGAAUAAAGGGUCCGUGUGUACCAUAGCCGCAGUGAAGGAAAUCUUUGGACAGGAGUUGUAUUGGAUAUGAGUUUUCUGCUAUUCUUAGCGGUCUUGUUACGGCAGGAGAAUGGAUGAUUCUGCGAAUAGUGAAUGAUUAGAGAGGAAUCUAUUAGGUUAGAUGAAUGACGAAUGUAUUGCUCGUAAUGAGGAACUUAGUCACAGUUUUGCUACUAAAUAUAUGCUGAUUAAUGACUAACAGAGGAUAUUUGGAUAAGUAUGAAGGUUACAGGACAGUAAAGUAUAGGGAUAUGAUGAGAUUGUUAGUGACUGGCUUUAUUUUUUUACACCUCUUUUUUUUUUGUGUCAAAAUGCAUUUUUAAUGGUCUGUGAUUUGAAUGCGAGACCGCAGGCAUCCAUUACUUUAAAACACGGUUUCAAAUAAGGUGUUGAUUGUUUGAAGCGGAAUAAUGAAACGCUAGUGUUUGCACUGACGAGUAGUUCCAAUUAUCUAGAAACUAAAAGCGUAAAGUGGUUUGCAUGCUUUAUUUAUUGAUUUGUCUGGAUUUUUUUUGUAAGUUUGUUCCAACGUAGCGUCCAUCUGAUUGAUUUGCUGCCAAAAGAAAACUUUUUUCUAAACCUGUCAUCAUUGUAGAUGAUUGCUGAUUGAUAAAGUGCCCCUGUUACUGCACGGUUUGUUUUAACGCCUGAUGUGCUUUUUAAGCUGCCCCUUUUUUCAGUGCUUUUUUGGUUUUUCAUUGACAUUGAUUGUAGGGACAAAAAGAUCUGCUUCAUAAAUUCAUCUGUUUGUACUGCA